AUGACGAUGCUGUCAAGAAAUCUUGCUGAGUAUCUGAAGCAACAGCGAGACAGAAGAGACAAUGGAAAAAGAGGUGGUUCGGAAGAUCACCAUCAAAGCUACGAUGCUAUGAGUGCAAUGGGAUGGGACAUGUUCGGGUCUACACGUGGAGAUGAUUAUGUUGCUGGAAGUGAGGAUGAUGCUGAAGGUUUCGAUCUGGCUAAGAAAUAUGAGACAUUGUAUGCACAAUGGCUCACGAUGGUUCAGGAGAAUUCUGUUUUGGCUAAUGAGAAAGUCAAGCUAGAGGCUCAGAUUGGCGAAGCAUUGAAACAUGCUUCAGAGAAAGAAGAAGAAGCAAGACAAGCUAGAGUUCAACUUGAAGAAACUCAGAAAGGUCUGAGGAUGCUUAAUACCGGUACGGAUCAGUUGGAUCAUCUUCUCAGCAUUGGGCAUAGUGAUCGGUGUGGUCUCGGGUUCAAGGGUGAAUCUUCUAAAGGUGGAUGUGUUUUUGUGUCUGCUGGUGUGACAGAGAACGUAGCGACAUAUGCUACAAAACCAGCUGUUAAGAGUUCAAGAGGAUCUGUAACAGACGGUAAAGCUGCAACUGAUGAUGUGAAGGUUGCGACUGCUAUUGCAACUGCAGCAAAGGCUGCUAAUGUGACUGUCCCAAGGACUGGUGAAGCGACUGCUGCAAGGGCUGCGACAACAACUGCUGCAAGGGGUGCGACUGCUACAAGGAAAACUCUAGAAGUGCAGAGUGCACCUCGACGAGCUUUUGUUCCUUUUUGUCAUCAUUGUGGAGUUCGUGGUCAUAUUAGGCCAAGGUGUUUCAAGCUGUUGAGGGAGAAACAUCAGAUGAAGCAAACCUAUGGUAUGAGGUUUCAUAAUCUGUUCGACAGCGACUGCUGCAAGGAAAACUCUAGAAGUGAAGAGCGCACCUUGACGAGCUUGUGUUCCUCUGAAGGUCAUGUUCAGCGUGGUGGGCUUAAAUCUGGUCAUGGAGCUAAUCAUGGAGGGAUAAGGCUCAUGGAUACGUGCAUAGUUGUCCGUUGUGGUGUGGUGAUCAAUCUGUACGUUGGUGUUGGCGUGCUCGUUGGUAUCCUUGGUGUGCGUUAG